UCAGAUUCUGGCGUCAUUUUCCUUGCUUGCUGACUAGUUUGCAGUACGCAGUGGCUCACAGUUAAAUAAAUUGUCGCGUCUUUUGUAGCCAUUUUGAUCGCCGUUUAAAAUUGUAUCGGUACUUCUUGUAAGAUGUCUCACGGUCGUAACGAGUGCCGAAUUUACGUCGGAAAUCUACCCCCGGAUAUACGCACCAAGGACAUUCAGGAUCUCUUCCACAAGUUCGGUAAAGUUACAUUCGUGGACUUGAAAAACCGCCGCGGACCGCCAUUUGCAUUUGUAGAAUUUGAAGAUGCUCGCGAUGCGGACGAUGCCGUAAAGGCUCGCGAUGGUUACGAUUACGACGGGUACCGGCUACGGGUGGAAUUUCCUCGAGGUGGAGGACCUGGAAGCUAUCGCAGCAGUCGAGGAAACAGUGACCGCGGAGGCGGUCGGGAUAGAGGCAAUCGAGGACCACCGGCAAGGAGAUCCCAGUUCCGUGUGAUGGUUACUGGCUUGCCCGCUUCCGGGUCAUGGCAAGAUUUGAAGGAUCAUAUGCGAGAAGCCGGUGAUGUUUGCUUCGCUGAUGUGUACAAAGAUGGAACCGGUGUGGUAGAGUUCCUGCGCCAUGAAGAUAUGAAAUAUGCCAUCAAGAAGCUGGAUGAUUCCAGGUUCCGAUCACAUGAGGGAGAGGUAGCUUACAUUCGCGUUCGAGAGGAUUCAACCAAUACUGAAGACCGGAGAGGCGCAGAUCAUCGUGACCGAUCAUAUUCCCCGCGCAGGCGCCGAGGAACUCCUACCUAUUCACCGGUACAACGCAGCUUCUCCCGAUCACGCUCCCGCUCAUUCAACUACUAGAACUGGUUGAUGCGAUCAUGGAUUCCAAGUAAUUUGAUAAAUUUCUUUUUGUUUGUUUCCAAAACCUAGCGUAGCAAUGCGCUAUCUUUCAAACCACUUCCGCCAAAAAUGCGACUAUGACGUAGAGUAUCCUAUGCUUCUACGUCUUGCAAUUUAAUAGAUUAGCCAUUAUUUGUCGAGACGUAAGUUCGGUUGUCUCAUAACAUAAGUGUAGGAAUACUUUGAUCAUUUUAGUACAUUCCUCGAGAAGCCAACACUUUUCGUGAUAGGGAACAUCAUUAACAUAAAACAAAUUCAAUCAUUUUAGUCUAACAUUUUAUUACUGUAUGAAACACAUCAACUGUAUAUGGAACAUAAUAAGUGCUUUGAACAAUCUUAUCGGAGCGGAAGACACAACAUCUAAACGUAUUUUGAACAAUCAACCAUAGAGUUUAUUUACUUUUCCGAGACACAUUGUGAAAUGCAUAGGUAGUUGUUGAAGAAGCUACAUUAAUUUCUAAGUUCUCAUCUCUUCUAGCCUCUGAAAUGCGACAUGAAGAUCUCUAUCAGUAACUGGAUGGUCUAUAUUUCUAUCAUAUUCAUGCAGAUUUCCAACCCUAAAAGUGAAUACAUUCUAAAGCCUGUUUCUUCUUCUUCCGAACAGGAAAAAGGAUUCUUUCCUUGUUUGUACUUUUGUGCAAGGAUCUAUCUCGCUACGGAGAGUGACUCGAUAUUGUCUCCUGCUAGGACUUAUGAACAGGAUUCCCGGAAUUUCUUGAAGGAUCUGUCAUGACCGGAUUCCCCUUUGUUCGUUCGAUUCUCUACGCAUCUAGAUUGGACUGGACAAGAAAA